AUGAAUGAGGACCAGCAACCUCUUGUGACAGACGAGGACCUACUUUCUGCUCCGACAGAUGGAAUCGACUGUUCUGCAGCUGUUGUCGAAGAAAUACCUAGUGAUGUACUAGGAGAAGAGACAAGUUCUGAAGUAACGCCAAAUCUGCCAAACGAAGAAGUUGCGCUUCUUCAUGCCAGGAUCAAGGAACUGGAAAGUGAUGUAGAAAGGGAGAGACAACGAAAUGGGCUCCUGGACCUUGAGUUAAAGAAAUCGCAACAGAGUAAUGAAAACCUUGCUAAGAAGUGUCUUGAAAUGUCCAACCAAACACUAAGUUUAGACAACGUUAGAAAAGGCAAGCACUUCCUGUAUUACACAGGCCUAACAAGAUACGAAGUGCUGCACAAUCUGCAUGACCUUGUUGUUGCAAGGUACCCCGAAAUUUGCAAGGGGAACUACAUGCGUGCCCAAGAAACUGAGGAACAGCUCCUCAUGGUUCUUGUGAGGUUGAGGACGAGCAUGCCCUGCAAGGAAAUUGCUCGUAACUUUGGACUCUCCGAGUCAACUUUAAGCCGCACCUUCUCACGGUGGAUUUUUAUGUUGAAAGACACACUGAAAAGUAUUGCGCGAUUCCCGAAACCUCAUGAGGUCCAACGCAACAUGCCCGCAUGUUUUCGAGAAUUUCCCGAUACGCGCAUCGUGCUAGACACAACUGAAGUCAGAAUCCAGAAGCCAUCCGGUCUGGAAGCACAAAAGAAAACAUUCUCUGGCUACAAGCACUCGAACACAAUGAAAUGUCUAAUCGGUAUAACACCAGACUGCUACGUUUCAUUUGUUUCAAACCUGUACGGCGGAAGCACGAGUGACCGUGCCAUCGUUGCAGAGAGUGAGGUACUCGACAUGUUGGAGUGCGGCGACGCGGUGAUGGUUGACAAGGGGUUUAAAGUGCAUGACCUCCUGCCAGCGGGCGUCAAGCUGUACAUUCCCCCAUUCCGCAUUGCUGGGGAAAAACAGAUGAGCCGCAGCGACGUUGUCUGUACACGAAAGGUGGCACGGGCAAGGGUGCAUGUGGAAAGGGCGAUACGGCGCAUAAAAGAGUUCCACAUCUUUGACUGCCCACUGCCAUUAAACAUGGCUGACAUCGCAGACGAAAUAUUUACGACAUGUGCAUUGUUGUCUAACUUCAGGGGUCCUCUGAUCCAUGGAGCAGAGCAAGCAGGGUAG